AUGACCUCUAUAUGGUACACCCUGUACUAGUAAGAGAAAUUAAUUUAAAUAGUAAAGAAAUGUUAGUACUGUAGUGUAUGUGUGAUAAUAGUUCAUCGUUAUUGGUAAGUAUGUGUGAAAUGUCAUUAAUAACAGAUGCGUAUGUGUACGUGAAACAUGAAUGUGGCGCAAGAGUACAGGUGCAGUACCGCUAAGUUACUCAGUAUAGAUGUCUCGAUCAGGCGGCGAGGAUAACGUCACUCCAACGCUAGUAAGGUGCUUCAAGGUGGAAAACACAAUGUACACGAUCGGAAACAUCGAUCCGUACGUGAUGGGAGAGUGCUUUACGGAAUACGCAAGUCGUAUCGAAAUGUUCUUCAAAGCGAACGAUAUACCGGAGGAGAAGAAAGUACCAAUCUUGGUAACAAUGGCCGGUGCGUCACUCUAUUCCGUGGCAGUAACAGUGUGUGCACCGGAUGAUCCAGGUAACAAAACGUACGCCGAGUUAAUCAAGGUGCUAAAAGAUUACUUUUCGCCGGUGGUGAACGUCGUGUCGGAGCGCUACCAGUUUCGCAAGCUGAAACAAUCGUCCGAACAGUCCAUCAACGAUUACCUAAUCAGUCUUAAGGUGCAAGCCCAAUCGUGCGACUAUGGGCAAUUUUUAACCGAUGCGUUAAGGGAUCAGUUUCUGGCGGGAGUUACCGAUCAUGAGCUACGGAUGCGCAUGUUACGCGAGCCAAAGCUAACGCUAGCGGAAGCUUGUGAAAUUGCUCGUGCCUGGGAAGCGUCAAAGCUACAAAGCGAUGUGAAGGAAGAGAUCGAUCUAUGUACGGUUGUGAACGAUCGUGGAUCAUCGGUAGAACAACCGAUUCACGCGCGGAAGGUACAACAGUAUGCGUGGAAUAGGCGGCGCAUGAUAAAUCGAAACUGUCAACGCUGUGGUUGUGUGCACAAUCGGUUUGCCUGUCCGGCGAAAGCAUGGAAGUGUUGUAUGUGUGGAAAACAGGGACACGCUUCGAAAAUGUGUCGCACAAAGAAAAAGUUAUACAUGCAAAAUCUAAAACUCAACUAGGAUACAAUCCACAACUGGUAAAGCAAGAAAUUAGUGUUUGGAAUAGAAUUAAGAGCUUGUGUUAGUGU